AUGCAGAAAUCUAAACUUUGUACGGCCGUCGCCGCCGGCCGCCUCCACCUGCUCAGCAGCUUCUUCGCGUUCCUCGCGGUGCUCAGCACGGGCGGCUCGACCGCGCUCCUUGUCAAGCUUCUGCCGCAGGCGACUGCGCCGCCUUCACCACUCCCGCCGCCGCUCGUGAUCGCCGGAGGUUGCGCUCCGCAAAGCUCUGCCCUCGACAACGUCGAGUAUGUCGCGGUCGGCUACACCUUCUCGGGAGCGCCGUACUUCCGCGACGCCUCGUCGUCGUACUACAUCUACUGGGACCCCGACUGCGAUGGCGGCAUUUCUGGGGCUGCCCGCUGGAUCGUGAAUAGUGAUAUGCCGAGCACUACCGCCUCCAACGACCUCGAUGGGGACGGGAUAUGUAGCUACAUGGCCCGCAUCGACUCGGACGACUCCUCCUCGCCGCCGCUCGGCACGGCUACCUGGCGGGUUGCAUGCGACGGCUCCUGGACGGACAACGAUCUGACACUGGCCUCUCUCUCCCCGCCCGCACCGCCCGCACCGCCCGCACCGCCGCCGUGGCCACCGGGGCGCGCCCCGCUGCCGCCGCCCCUCGAGCCGCCCCCGCCGCUGCCACCGGCCGAUUGCGAUGAUGCGGAGCAGACGUGGCGUAUCCUUGGCGGGGCCGCCUUUGUAACGGCCUACAUCAUCUUUGGAGGUUUGGCCUUACUCUUGCCCACGGCAUUGCAGCCCAAGCUCUUCCUCGCGCUCUAUCUGCAGACUCUUGCCCUCAUUAUCCUCACCAUCCUCGUCGCCUCCCCGUUGGGCUUUUCGUGGCUUGUUCCGGAGCAUUGCGACUACGACCUGACAUUCUUCAUUGUCGUGCCACGCCUCGCCGACGGCUCCCUCCGGCUGCUGCGCGUCGCCUGGCUGCUCGAGCGCCCAACGGACUGGGUGCUACUGCGGGAGCAAGACCUGCCGGAAGAGGCGUUUUGGGCCCCGGCCGACGCGGCCCGCCUGCUGGCCGAAGAGAAGGUCGCUGCGCUCUCCUACAAGUGGCAGGGCCCCUUCAAUUCGUCCAAGGGCGGCGGCGACCAGCCAGACGGCAGCCGCUUCCACCUUGGCGAGGUCCUCUCGUAUUACCGGGAGGGCCGUCACGCAGAGGAACGGCCCGCCCUGAUGUGGGACUUUGCCGCGAUACCACAGCACGACCCAAUAACGGGCGCGAAGCGUACCGCCGCGGAGACUGAUGUGUUCAAGAAGGGGCUCGGCGUGAUGAGCAACGCCUACGCCAGCCCGCGCGUCCUCGUGCUGCAGCACCGGCGGAUCCCGCUCCAUUUGGAGCGCGAGCUGAAUGGGAUCUAUGACGGCGCACCUCCAGCUGACCGCCUCGACCUGAUCCCUUACGCCGGCGCCAAGUGCCGCUCGGGAUGGUGCACGUUUGAGACGGCGUGCGCGCUGCUGAUGACGGAAGGGGGCGGGCACGCGUACGAGCUCGGCGUCGGCCGUGCUCCGGUGACGCGCGGGCGGCUGCCGAGCGUGCAGCAAAUGGAGGCGCUCUUUGAGGCCGAGUCGACGCGCUUCAUCGGCCGGGCUGAUCGCGAGGAGGUGUGCGGCAUGUACUUCGCCCUGCGCGAGAAGCUCGAGGAGUAUGAUGAGGAGAAAAAGAGCAUGUUUGUGUUCGUCGCCGACAAGCUGAUGACAGACGAGAAUCCAUGGGGACGAAUCCUCUUCUUGAUCACCCUUGUCUAUGCCCCCCUUCUUUUCUUCAGCCGCAUCUUGAGAGACCACCUCGCCGCCGUCCUCUGCUGCCGCCCUCGCGACAGCCUCGACUACACCUUCCACUGGAGCAUUCGCAAGCCGCCCUUUCGCCGCAAGCCAGACCCCCCGCUGUCCGAGCUGCCCUCGUGCUUCCUGCCAACCCAACAGGGAGAGCAGGCGCCCAGCGGGUUUGAAUCAAUGAGCUCGAUGUUUGCGAAGGAGAGGCUAUCAGAAGAGAGGGCAAGGAAGCUUGAGAGAGAGGAGGGCGUGUCGGAGCUUGAGAUGGGAGAUCGUGAUCGCCCAUUAUCGGAGCGUGAGCUGUCAGCUGUGAGAUAUCGGCAUGGGGAGAUCGACGUGCUACGACACUCCUGCACUUGCCUUAGACGACGGCAGAAAUAUUUACAUAUACACACGAGCUAA